AUGACAUCAGAGUUUACAACCCAGCUCGAUGUUGCGAUUCUAAGAGAGCUUCGGUUGCUAGAAGCAGAUCAUCAUUUCCUCUCGAGACAUGGGCUUUCCCUGAAAGAGAUGAUUGCUUUCUGCAAAAAAUGUUGCGUAAGUUGAGUGCCGCGUGCCAAUCUUCCUUUGCAAAGUGUCUUAAAGGUAAAGGUAAAGGUACCCCUGCCCGUACGGGCCAGUCUUGACAGACUCUAAGGUUGUGCGCUCAUCUCACUCUAGAGGCCGGGAGCCAGCGCUCUCUGCAGACACUUCCGGGUCACGUGGCCAGCGUGACGAAGCUGCUCUGGCGAGCCAGAGCCGCACACGGAAACACCGUUUACCUUCCCGCUAGUAAGCGGUCCCUAUUUAUCUACUUGCACCCGGGGGUGCUUUCGAACUGCUAGGUUGGCAGGCGCUGGAACCGAGCAACGGGAGCACACCCUGCCGCGGGGAUUCGAACCGCCGACCAUGCGAUCGGCAAGUCCUAGGCGCUGAGGUUUAACCCACAGCGCCACUCGCGUCCCCGCAAAGUGUCCUACGCUACACAAAAUACUAUGAUCAGAAACUGAGUCCUUUGUUGCACUGCCACCCUCAUGUCUCCAAUGGUAUCAGUGGGAGCUUUCUUCCCCAAGCCAAACAACAGCUGGGGCAGUUGGCCGUGUUUUAGUUAUGAUAGUGGAGGAGAGGAGGGUGAAACCAGGGGUGGCCUGUUCAAUUUAACCACUUGAGCUGAAACCGGACUUGCCGUGCCACCACCCUGCUGGUGCCACACCACACCAGCCUUCCUUAUUUGCUUUGUGCAGUGGUGCCCACAAAGCACCAGCAACAGUGCCAGCUUUGAAUGACGCUUCUCUGCUGGUGAGGGUGGGGAGCCUGGGCUAAGGCGAGCUUUGCACACUGUGAAGUAGGCACAUUCAGAUACAUCAGUAACCCACACAAUCUCUGGAAUUAGGAUGGAACAACGGAACAGUUAGCUUCUGGAACAUGCCUGAACCGCACAUCUAUUUUUAGGAAGUAAGCACUGGUUUUCAUAAAAAGCAAGAUGUAGUGUAGUCAGUUGCUGCACCACCCUCUUGCUCAUUAGUCAAGCGCUGGCCUUUUGCACCCAACAAAUGCAAAAUUACAUAAAUGGAAGGGCAGCCAUUGGUAAAGAGCUUGAAUGCUCUUGUAGCAUAAGGCUCAGCAGUCCUACAGACUCUUUUGACCCUUCUCUAUGCUUAUAUUUCUUUCUUUUUUCUUUAUUCUGGCCAUCUUUUCAUAAGGCACGCAAAAAAUCAACGUCGCCACCGCCAACGUCACCACCACCUUCAAUGCCAGAAACUUCGAAAAAGGAAGUUAAGGUACAUGCCCGACUUUCUAUACAGGCAAUUUUGCCGUCCUAGAGGCAUCUGGGGGGCCACUGGGAGAACAAGAUGCUGGACUACAUGGGCCAUUGGCUUAAUCCAGCAGAGCUCUUCUCACGUUCUUAAGCGCUUUUCCUUCACUGCCACCAUUCCUGCUUCCAGGUAGGUUGUUUUUUUUAGUGAGAACUAUAAGGUUGUGGCCUAGCUGUUAGACACAGGUGGGAAAAGACCAUUUUCAACAUCCAGUUUGCAUCUUUUCAGUUUUGUGUCUUGUUUGGCUGACGGAAACUAUUAAAUGUCUGACACAAUAUGACUGAUUCUUGAAUGAGAGAGAAAACUAACAGGGAAAGGGAUUUGUGCCUCGGCCCCUUUCUGCUUAUGUUGUAGUGACAACUGAGUCAUUGUUUCCUACUUUUAGGCUGCUAUUACCAUCCAGAAAUGGUGGCGUGGUACUCUAGUCCGCCGUAGCCUGCAACACGCCAUCGUCUGUGCAUGGUUGGUCCAGAAAUGGUGGCGCAUGAUUUCCUUCCGGAGACGAGAAGAGAAAAGGGCAAUGGCAUUAUCGACGUACAUUUGGUCUGAGAAGGCUUCCGUCCUCUUGCAAUCAAUGUUUAAGAUGUGGCUUAUGAGAACACGGUACAAGAAGUAUCAAAGGGCAGCACAGAUCAUCCAAAGUAACUGGCGGCACCACAGCUUCAGAAAAUCCUCCGGCUCCUAUUCUCUUAGCAACCUGAAUCAGGAUGGCAUAGAUUUGAACAUUGAGAUUGUUGUUGAGUAAAGAGUCUCUGUGGAGAAGGUAGAAGAGACUGCUUUCAAACUCAGACUCCAGGGAGUGAAAUAAAUGCAUGCUUUGUCAUACA